UGUGAGGUUCUAAUUUGUGUUCCGUAAAUAUCUCCCUUUCUAAUAUGGCGGCGGCGUUGACGUAGUCACACAUCCCGGCUGGGCGAAAUACGCAUGCCUGAACUGAAUAAGCGGUUUUUUUUUGUGUGUGAAAGCGACAAAAUUUAAAUCCGACAUGUGUUUAAUGAUUAAGCUUUUAUUGCCUUUUUACGUCAGUCUGAGAUGUUUUAGGAGAUUAACGAUUUAUCUGCGAGGACGGGAUUAACCAGGCAGUUCAGUCCGUCAGGAAACUGCAAGGUGUCGGAUUAACAGUGUUUUGCAGAUUUAUAUAUAGGCAUACUCAGUUGUGCUUUCAGCCGGGAUGUUCAGUGUGCUUCCCAGAGCAGCUGGCUCUGCCCUGAGGCAGACUCGGCUGCUGUUUGCCCGCACAGAACCCCGCGUGGCCCUGCAGCUCCGCUUUGCAGCCUCUGCGACUCUCCGCUUGCUCCAAGACUGCCUCGAGGUCAGCUACGGAGGGACGCUGAUGCGUUUCAACUACGUGUGGCUGCGGGACCACUGCCGCUCAGCGUCCUCUUACAACUCCGCAACCCACCAGAGGAGCCUGGACACCGGGAGCAUAGAGCUCACUCUGCGCCCUGAGAGCUCCGCGGUGGAAGACGGUCAGCUCGUCCUCACCUGGCCUGGUGGCCACGUGUCAAAGUUCAGCCUCAGUUGGUUGGCUGAGAACAGCUAUGAAGGAAGGAAGACGGUCAUGGAGCAGCCGUGCGUCCUGUGGAACGCUAACAUCUACCAAAACGCUUGCAUAUCAGCAGCCAAAUGGGACAAGUUCAUGAGCUGCGACAGCGAGUUGAAGAAGUUCCUUCAGAACUACCUCUGGUAUGGAAUUGCCUUUGUGGACGACGUUCCGACGACAGUGGAAGCCACUGAGGAAGUCAUCAGGAGAGUCAGUCUGAUCAGAGAGACUAUUUAUGGGAGAAUGUGGAGUUUUACAUCCGAUUUUUCGAGAGGCGACACUGCUUACAGUCAGCUGGCCCUGGACCGUCACACUGACACUUCUUACUUUCAGGAGCCAUGUGGAAUCCAGGUGUUUCAUUGUCUCCGACACGAGGGUACUGGAGGGAAGACGCUGCUGGUGGAUGGAUUCUAUGCUGCGGAGAAGCUCCGCCAGCACUUCCCAGAGAACUUCGAGCUGCUGUGCCGCGUCCCCAUCAGGCACGAGUACAUUGAAAACACAGAAAAUCACCAAAACCACAUGAUGGGCAUUGGCCCCGUGCUCAACGUCUACCCUUGGAACAAUGAACUCUACAUGAUCCGAUAUAACAACUAUGACCGGUCAGUGAUGAACACGAUCCCCCACGACACCAUCCGACGAUGGUAUGUAGCACAUCGAGAGCUCACCACAGAGCUACGGCGGCCGGAGAACGAGCUGUGGGUGAAACUCAGUCCAGGGAAGGUGAUUUUUAUUGACAACUGGAGGGUCCUACAUGGGAGGGAAUCUUUCACCGGCUUGAGGCAGCUUUGUGGAUGUUAUCUGACCCGAGACGACGUCCUCAGUGCUGCACGCCGCUUUGGACUACAAGCCUAAACAUACAGAUUCUGUCAUUUCAGUGCCUUAAUCGUUUGCCUCUGUCACACAGAUUUCAUCACGUUGGACUCGGAGUCCAGUCCAGGAGGAUGUUCUGCUUUGCUCAUAUACAUUUUGUAAUAUUGCUUUGUUUUUAAAGAUUUUUUUUUAAAAUUUUAUUUCACCUGAAAAAUAUUCUCAGGUGAUAAUUUGAGCAGUGCUGUGUGAGAAGCUUAACGUUUUUGGGAUAUUGUGUUAGAACCUAAUCCUUAAGAUUCUCCAUUACCUGACCUGUGUCGUUCUAGCUGACCUCUGAGGCCUUCAGAAAACUUAUAGAUUCACACUGAGAUUAAAUAAAAAAAACACACAAAUGGACUUUUGGUGACCUCUGAAGGCAAUUGACUGCGCUGAAUUCUGUGUAUCAGAGUAAAUAUGAAGUAUGACAUUCUUCAUAUUUUUCCUAUCUCUGAAAGAACUUUGUUAAAUAAAAAAACAAAUGAAAUGUGUUGUAGUAAUAUCAUAAAAUGUGGAAAAGUUGAAAGGAUAUAAAUAUUUUAUUCUGGUAGUGAUUGACCUAUAGCCUGACCCCUACAGUAAAUGCAGUGAGCAUACUACAUGGGCAAGCUUGACAUAAUUAAGUGGAUCAGUAAGUAAUUUUACAGUAAUCAUGUUAGUGAAGUUUAUUUAUUCUAAUUAAACCAGACACUUUUCUAUCAGUAGAAAGAUCCAAAGAUUUUUCUAAAUGUUUAGAAACUGAAUGAAAGAAAAUCUGAUGCGGUGUACUUACAGUGCCUUGCUAAAGUAUUCAUCCCCUUUACACUUGCUCCAGUUUGGUUUUGUGGCAGGCAAAAGCUUUAGUGUAGUUUAUUGGGAUUCUCUCAGAUAGACCAAAACAAAGCUGUGCAUAUUUGUGAGACUGAGGAACAAAAUAUGGAUGAUUUUCAAUAUUUCUUUAACAAAUUAAAAUCACAAAACUGCGGCAUGCAUUUGUAUUUAGCCUCCUUUACUCUGGUUACCUGCAGAAAUCACCAAAUCAGUCAUUUUAUUAGUACUUUUGGGUUCUCAAUAUGACUCCCUGAUGAUAAAUAUAAAGUACCGGUAUAUAUCUAAAAGGAGUUGCAGGAAUUUCAAGAUGUCCUGCAACAUGAAGUCUUAGGAGGAGAAUAUUAGAGAUUCACAUUAAUCAGGGCCUGGGACAUUUGUGUCUACCUCAGUAUGAGUUGGAUGGAAAAGUAGUAAAUGUAAUAGAAAGCUAAUAGAAAAUGAAGACGAUGAGUUUCAUCAUUUGAAGUGAAAUCUGAUCGUGAUUCAUGUUAAACAGUCAUUCCAAAUGGUCCGUCAUUUAACCCGUGCCGUCCUUCCAGUUGUUCUCAGUCGACCCUUUCUCUUCAGCAAGGAGGUUGCUAAAUGUAGUUGCUAUAGAAACCUUACCCAAGGAAUCCGUGGCUCCCUCUAGUGGAAAAAUAAAGUGUUUAUCUUCCACUUUUUAGGCUAAAGUCUUAAUAAUAAAAUGACAUAAGAUAUAUAUGUCUAUAGUCUGAACCUGUGCACACACUCUAAAGAAACAAGAGUGACUGUGCCAGGAAAACAAUGUUGCGUGUGAAGAAUCUGGUUGCCAGUGGAAGUCACCAAACACAAACGGCUGACCUUAGUCAUUGUAAUAUAAAUGCACACACAUGCAAUUCUAAUCAGAACUCUCUGUACAGUCAUCCUGACCAUGACCAGUCUGUUCAUUUUGGACUGCUCUCUUUUACAGGAGAAAUGAUUAUUCAACUAUAAUAAGCUUUAAAAACAACAACAAACUAAUCACAUUUUAAUUAAUUUACUCUGGAUUUUAUCCUGUUUUUUGUUGUUGAUGUUUUGUUUUCUGUUUUUGCAGCCAUCAGCAAGUUUCUGGUGUAAUUCCGGUUGGAAAUUUCACUCUAACUCUUAACUAAAUGAAUUUGUAUGAUUCGUUUGAAUUUGUUGGCCUCUACAUGGUUAGCAGCCUUUAAGCAUAAUCCGUGCAUUUUCAGUUUCUACAGUUUAGCUGUUGCUUUAAGCUGAGGGGGAGAGUUUGAAGGCGGCUGCAUUUCUUUUUCGCUCCAUCCACUUUUGAAAUGAACCGGUACAAUUGGCAGACCUUCAGCAUGACACAGCCACCACCAUGCUUGACUGUUGUUACAGUGUUCUAAGGCUUGAAAGCCUCCAUGCAGUUAGAAUGUGUAUGUGGGCAAACGUCAGCUGUGCUUAAUGUUCACCAUAUUCCAGAUCCUGGAGGGCAGGAUUAAGACUGCGGGAGUUGCUGGGUUGCCUGUUGACCAUCCAAACCGAUAUCCUUAAAACGCUGAGAAAUUUAUUGUCGAACAGAAAAAUGAUCCCUUAAUACACAUGAAAUAUGAUUUUAAAGUUGAUAAAGUGGGCCAGCACUAUAUAUUUCUUUUUUAAUUAUUGACCUCGGAUAAAAGCUUUAAAGCCAGUGCUGUGCCAGAAAGCAGUCAUUUUAAAGGAGCUAUUCUGCCAGCUGCUUUUUAAUUGGCCACAUAAGCUCAUGCUGAAAAUCGAAAUCGCUAUAAAAAAUGUACGGUAAUCAAAUAACACUUGCCGUGCAAAUACAUAUUAGACAGCACAUUUUGUUGUUGUUGAAGUUCAGUUGCAUAACUGACAAUGGUUCAAAUGCAUCAAAGUGUAGCUCAACACCCAAACAGUAAUAAGCGAUGAAUUUCUCUGACAGACCGUAAGUCUAAUGUAAUGUAAUGCAAAGGCUUAAAACGUGCAGAUUCAGAAAUAAUUUAUCAAUAUCUGUGAGUGUAUUUAUCUUCUUCUUCUUGUGUGUCCUUUUCACUUCAGGUGCCUUCGAUACAGCGAGUGUCGGCCCCACACCUCACUGGCUGAUUUUGACCUGAGUGAACAAAUCACGAAGCAGAGGUGUGUACAAAAAACCCCCCACAAAAAAACAAAUGUGUAAGGAUCCCCUGUUCUGUCUGUGUGAGUUGCUGAGACAAAACCUGUGAGGUGGGUUCAAACGCAGGAUGUUUUAAUCAAGCAAACCCCUUAUGAAGGACUAAUUUAUGUGCAUUUCAUGUGUAAACCAGUCAUUAUUAGUCUCAAAAUGUAACCUUACAACUCUGCCAGUGAACUGAAAGCAACUGUACACUCCCACUAAAAUUUUUAUUAAAGCCUAUCUUACUUUA